UUCAAUUCAAGUCGUGAAGUCUGCAUAACGAUCUCUAGAAAGCUUGUGCAAGAAUGCAUCAGAACAAGAUUCCAAGCCUUCGCUCCAGUGGUAUAUAUAAAUGGACGUCAUUAUCUGAAUGUCACCACACAAAAUGCGCAACAGAAAGAACACCUCAAGUCCCAGUUUCUGAAGGAACAAUCACUGGGAGGGGAGACGGAUGGAAGGGAACAGAGUUGCAGCUGCUGCUGUGUGGUGCAUGGUCGUCAUGCUGUCCGUGUCAGGCCAGCAGCGGGUGGCCGGAUUCAGGGGGUUCUGUGGGUGCUUCGGCAGCUGCUACCCUGGCUGCAGGGAGGGCAACCCAGCGUGGCUCUGCACAAUCAAGUGCGUGGAGUCCUGCACCGUGCCCAUCGCCGCGUUCGGUGCCGGCGACUGCUCCAAGAUCUGCCUCGCCUCGAUCUGCGGCGCGGCCGAGACCGGGACAACUGAUGGCGGUGCUGCAGCAGCUUGCGUUGAUGAUUGCACCGUGAACCGGAACUCGUCUACUACUAUACAUGGCACUCGUCUCCAAUACGCAAAGCCACACCUCAGUCACAGUUCUUGGCCCAAGUAAACUGUGUGUGCCGUUCUUUCAAGAAAAGGUGGAAAAAAAACUCGUGUGGCACCCGGAACUAAGACGAGCUGCAUUGUAGCCAAAGGAAAUUCUGAAGCCAUGCAUGGAUACAGAAAUGGAAACUCCAACCUGUCCAACGGAAAGGGUUUCAGGUCGAGGUCGAGGUAUCAGAGAUCCAAUGUGACGAGGAGCAACGACAACCACCUGGUCUCCCUGACACUCAUCUCGCUCGUUCUGUUGAUCUCCGAAUCAGAUCGCUCACCGUCCUAUCUUUUUCUUGUGUUUUCUCCGGAAUUUCUAAAUAAUUCUCACAGAAUUUGAAAGGCCCACCCAGCUCACGAUCAAGAAGAAGCCCAAAAUUAUAACCAGAGAGGGCUGCAGUAAUUUUUUGCGCCAAUUCGGCCCAAGCCAGACGCUAAAGCAUCGGGCCCAGCAGCAUGUCGAGCCUCCGCCUUCCUUAUCUUGUGAUGCAGAGACCGGGCAAUGGCAAGAGCGCCGACGCAGCAAAAUACUGCAAGCAAACGUGUGUGGUGUUCAGGUUACCUGAACCACUGUAAAAGAGAGAGCUUGCAGAAAAAUACAUGAGCUUGGAAAUGAUCACAUCUAG